UAAUAGAACACUAAUUAAUUAUCACUCCUUCACAUGCAUGCAGAAGAACACGUAAAGAAUCAUGGCUAGUACCUGCACACGUGUUUUUGUUGUUUUUACCAACAGUGUAUAUGUGGCCCUUCUCUUGCUUCUGGUUGCUGCAGCCCUUACAGUAGACUUUUUAAAGAUCCCUGAUGUUCUCACAGUGUACAAGGGCUCCGUCAUCACCGAAAUAAACGACGUCAUCACAGCCACCGGUUUGGGGGAGGCGGGUUACUAUGGAGACCGUGACCUGAUGAUGUUCCUGUCUAAUUUUCUGCUAGUCAUCUUUUUCGCUGGAUCGCUGCUCCUGGCGGUCGCAUUGACAGGCUGUUGUGGCGGAUGUUGCAGAAUUUCUGCUAUCUCCAAACUGUAUGCAGUGGUUCUGAUUUUACUGUUGAUUGUGGAGGUUAUGUUUGUGAUUGUCGUCUAUGCCUUUCCUGAUAGCCUGAUGAUGGGUUCCAUCAAGUCUUCGAUGACAUCAAUGAUCAUGUCUAGAUAUCAAGGACUCAUUGGAAACAGUACUGAAACCUUUGGGUGGAACUUCAUUAUGACCAAGUACGACUGCUGUGGUGUGUAUGGGUACAGUGAUUUUAAGGAGGCAACAAACUGGAACUCACAAUUGGUAGUCGGAGGUACCACUUAUACACUGAAAAUUCCAACUUUGUGUUGUGAUCAACUCCCUACUUCCGGCGACUUGACAUGUGCAACUGUUACAUCCGGUACCAACGCUAAUAAGGGCUGUUUUGAAGCGCUGUGGAAGGUAUCGGGGGGCAGUCUUCCCAUUGCCAUUCUAGCUCUAGGAGUGGGGCUGUUUUUACAGAUUUUGCUCAUUAUAGCUUCCUGUGAAUUAUCAGACAAAGACAGAAAGGGAAGAGUGGAACCAUUCAAUGACGACAAACGAUGAUUGAAGUCCACCGACUGCCCCAUCUAAACCUUUCUUCCUUAAAUACAAUGCUUCUUUUUUUUUUUAUCUCCAUUUUCCUUUCAAGUAUAACUCAAUGUAAAUCUUAACCAAAUAAGGAUAUACAGUACAAGAUACACAUUGUCCAAUGUUUCUUUUUCUAGGUUAUUAAGGUAGCAUAGUGACAUCAAUCAUGCACUCUUUGAGUUCCCAGUUAAACACAGCAUGUUACAACUUAGGUAUUUUACACAAAACAAACUUCUUACAGAUUUUCAAUUCAAAUGAUUAAAUUUCUGCUAUUUUGAUGUAAUGUGGACAUUAUUGGUAUAUACAUGUAUAACUGUUUUAUACUAUUAGAAUAACUAUGUGACACGCAUAUAUAUUUUUCACACAUGUGAUAAUCUAAACACCUUUGAGUGCAAUAAGUAUUUAAUUUCAUGUACUAUUAAUGCAAAGAAAUCAACUUUGUUAAUAAAUAGUUUUAUCUCUGUUUGUACGUAAAAGUGGAUUUUUUAAAAAAUUGUUGAAUGUGAAGAUUCUAUUUUUAAACCCAGAAAUGUUUUACGUGAAAUUGAAUGUAUCUAAUUUUAUUUGUGAUCCCACUUUCGUUGGCAACACAACUAUAGUUACAUGUACAUUUACCACAAACAGUAAAUUAAAAUAAGACAUUUACUACACAUGUACUUAUAACAAUGUCAUGGAGUGUUUGUGCUCGUGUUAUAAUAUUUUAUAUUGAAUUGUAUUUUCAUAGUGUAUAUUAUAAUAUAGUGUAUCAUGUAUUGUAUAUUGAAUUGUAUUACAGUGUACAGUGUAUUAUAGCGAGAGCCAAGCAUAGAUUUAAAUUUGUGGUACUCCAGCUACAGCUGAUGACGUCUCAGUACGAGUGUAAAAUUCACGAAGGGAUUAAAAGAAAGAAACAAACUUUGUUGAUAUUAGAGGAACUUCUCUAUGAUAACUCUUUUGUUUUCAAUCUUCCAGCUAUUCCUCUACCUUUACCGGACCACAUUACAAGCUGCCAGAUUUGUCGUGCCGUUUUCCCACUAUUUACAUUUUCAUGGAAUGUCUUCAGUAAGAGAAAUGUAAUAUCUCGUAUCAAAAGUGUUCAUACUUGUUCACCGACACUGGAUAUUUCAUUAUAUAUUCACAUUUCUUCACUUUACUCAUUGUCCUACAUAAUUGGAUUGUCUCGGAUGAUUAAUUGGAAUACAAUAAUAAUCCAUUAUUCUUUUUUCAUAAUGAUUCUGUAAUGAUUACAAUCUUAAAUAAAUUCAGAUAAGUAUAUUGAGACAACAUAAAACUGGUGAUCAAUCAAGGCCUUGUUGCUUUGUCAUUUCUGGAUAAUCUUUCUCGAUAUAUCGUGUCAGAACCUUUCCUAAUAAUCCGUAAAUGUCAUACUCAAGAAACAUGUCUAAAAGGUCUUGGAGUGUAUACAUGUAUGUGCUUUAAUCAUGCAUGAUAUUCAAUAGUGAUCUGAAGCGUGACAUUCCGAUGGCUCUUUGGCAGAAAACACAAUUUUUCGUAUGUUUACAUUUUCAAUGAUUUUAUAAUUUUGAAUAAUAUCAUGAUAGAUAUAUUUUUUGAAAUUCUAUUGAUAUACAUUUUCUCAUGAACGUGCUGCAGUUGUAAACAGUGCUCGUAUGAAUACAGAACUAUUUGAUAAAUAUACGAGGUCUAUUCUAAAGACUGGGAUUUCUGACAGCAGAAUGUAAAUCUAAACCAUAAACAUUUUUUUUUAAAUCAUGAGGGUACUGCGUCGUUUCUUACUGGCAAACUUUAUGAAGCACUGAAGCAUGCUGGCGUGAAGCAUUGCAGAUUAUUUGUACAGUAUAUGAUAUACCUCGAGCCUCUUCAUACGGCAUACAUUUCAUGGAGCGCUGUAGAGAGACUUGAAAACUGAAAGAAAUUGGUGUAAGUUUUUGUUGUUAUGAUUUUUAAACAUUAUGCAAAACUUAAGGAGAGAAAUAAUUUCAAAAUGUACAUACUGACAAUGCUAAUAAAGGUUGCAUACUUCAUUCUAACGAUCCGGCAUACUCGGGUUAAUCGGCGACACACGAUUGCGAGCCGGAAUUGCACACGCAUCCCGCCGGGUAAGCCGAUUGAGCCGGAAAAUUUUGAUAGGCGAAUGCGGCUUCAAGCUGGCGUCCUCGGCUCCAGACAGUAUUAUCGAGAGUGGCUUUUUCUAAGACAUAAUGUUUUAACCCAGGUACACUGGUGAAAUAAACAUGAUUU